CUCCCUUCAUUCAUCUUGGAGAAAUUAAAUAGUAAAAGAGAAAACGCUAAAUCGAAUGCGUUGGGGAAGAAGGAAGUGUGAAGGUGGUAAUGGGAGAGACCAACGUCGACGACAAUUUGCUUCUCAAAAGCUUCUUCGCCGAGGUCAGCGAAGUAGAGAGAGACAAUGAAGUAAUCAGGAUUCUCUCGUGUUUUAAGUUAAAUCCAUUUGAGUAUCUGAACCUGUCAUUUGAGGCUUCGCCUGAUGAUGUCAAGAGGCAGUAUCGCAAGCUGUCAUUACUGGUUCACCCUGACAAAUGUAAACACCCACAGGCAAAAGAGGCUUUUGCAGCGCUAGCAAAAGCCCAGCAAUUAUUGCUUGAUCAAAAUGAAAGAGAUUACCUUCUUAACCAAGUAAAUUCAGCAAAAGAAGAACUUAGAGUAAAGAGGAAGAAGCAGUUGAAGAAAGAUACAGCUUCAAAAAUUAAAUCUUUGGUUGAAGAGGGUAAAUAUGACCAGCAAUAUGAACAAUCAGAGGAGUUCCAACAAGAGCUGAAAAUGAAGGUCCGUGAACUAUUAACAGAUCAGGAAUGGAGGAGAAGAAAAAUGCAAAUGAGGAUAUCAGAGGAGGAAGGAAGAUUAAAAAGGGAUGAAGAAGAACAGAAAGAGAUGUGGAAAAGAAAGCGUGAACAUGAGGAGGAAUGGGAAGGAACAAGAGAACAGAGGGUAUCCAGUUGGAGAGAUUUUAUGAAGGGUGGAAAGAAGAAUAAGAAAGGAGAAAUUCGCCCACCUAAGCUUAAGACAGAAGAUCCCAACAAAUCCUAUGUUCAGAGGCCUGUAAAGAGAGGUUAGGUUCUGCCGUUGUAUUGAAGAUUCUGUAGACAAUCAAUAGGGAGUUUGAGAGAACUCAAGCAGGCUAUUGCUGCAUCAACUUGAUACUGUAAGAAUAUUUAUCAUUGUGUUAUGGGAAGCAUAUUGAGUGUAAUCUAGUUUAUGUCGACCUGUUCAACCGCAUGAAAUCUUAUUUUGGGAUGUUACAUAGCUUCGAAGUUUAAGCUCUAUACCAUCAUUAGUAAUUUUGU